AUGCGGCUUUGGACCUGCGUUUCCUGCUUGGGCGCAUCGUGCAGAGAAGAAGAUCUUGAAGAUGGGCACUUUGCAGAACCUGAAGCUGAUGAGCACAUGGUGAUUGCUGCCAACUCUCUGGAGAACAUCAAGUUGAAGAAGAGGGUGUCCUUCCAGGACGAUUCAGUUGAGCAGCAUUUCCCAGCCGUAGCGUCUUCAACGCGAGCGCCCUCCAGCUUUCGGGCUUCCAGCGAGGGCUUGCGCCGCAAGUCCCGCAUCGAUGGCAUCAUCUGGAAGCAGCGCAAGAUUCGAGCACGAGCCAGGUUGCUCCUGGUCAAAUUCCUCGACGGAAAUGGAUUCAACCGCGUUGACGUGAACUGCAGGAGGACGAGACUUUUCGGCAUCUCUCGCACUCACCCGCUCCACGAAGCCGCCAAGCAGAACAACGCGGAGGUUGCCUAUUGGCUGCUCCAUUUCGGGGCCGAUCCAGCCAGGAGGGAUUCAGCAGGUUUGACCCCAGUAGAUUAUGCCAAAGCCGCAUCACAUCACCAGGUUCGAGAAGUGUUUGAAGCCUUGGCUUCAAGCCGAAGAGCAAGGAGGAUCUGGGCGCUGCGCGGCUUCGAGACGUUUUUCGCCGAGCUUGAACAGUCUGAUGGGUUGGCCUGCCGGAAGCUUGGCCUCGUGCCAUUGGCAAGCACUCACAAAGUUCUUGGGGGAAAGGAGAAGCCCUGA